GUAUCAAAUGCAAGAAUUAUUAUAUACUAACUUCAUUAUACUUAUAUCGUGUUUUCAUGACUUUUCUUUUUGUUUCAGUGUGUGGCAGAUUGCACCGUUGAUGAUGAUCGAAGAUCCUCACAUUUUACAGGCUGUGGCAAGACAGUCGCUUUUUACAGAAUCAAAGGCACCUGGGUGUUGCCUAAUGCAGAUAUGUGAAGGAAGCAAUCGGCUUGCCGAGACUGUCUGACUGUUGCUGCAUGAAACUCCACAAAGUAUUUCAGCUAUGGAACCCAAGACCGAGGCUGCUGCUGUUUGGGGUGGGCCAUCUGAACAAGAUCAGACAAAUGCCCAGGUACACUAUGUUCCUGAGAACAGUGCCGUUGCUCAGAUUGUUUAUGCUGACGAACAGGACCGGCCAUCACAGCAAGUAGUUUAUACAGCGGACGGGACAUCCUACACGUCCGUAGACGGGUCAGAACACACACUGGUUUACAUUCAUCAAGCUGAUGGCACCCAGGCUGUUUUCACAGAUCAAUCCCAGGUAGCUUACAUCCAGCAGGAUGCAACCACUCAGCAGGUAACCGUUCUCCUGCCUGCCAACCAGAACGUGACCACUGCCAACCUUGCAGUCCUUGGCAGUGUGACAGAGGCUCAGCAGCAGCUGACAGUGGAGAGCAAUUCUCUGUCUCAACUUCCCAUGCGGAAUCACGGAUUGCCUCGGAUAUCCGGCGUGAUCAGCUCCGUCCAGCCAUUGCCAGAAUCCCUGGAGGUAACCGAGCGCGACUUGGAGUCUGAAGAGGAUGAUGAUGAAGAUGAGGAAGAUGAUGAUGGAGAUUCGUCUGAUCUGGAAGACUGGGAGCCAGGACCUCCCAGGCCUUUCAAUCCCUGUGACUUGUGGUGCGAGGACUGCAAUAAUGCUCACCCAACGACCUGUCCCAAACACGGCACUUUACAUUCCAUCCCAAACCGGCAAGUUCUGAGCAGGGCCAGAGCCAGCCUUCCCCUGAUCCUGUACAUCGACCGCUUUACAGGAGGGGUCUUCUCCAAGAGGCGCAUUCCAAAACGAACACAGUUUGGCCCCGUGGAGGGUCCACUAGUUAAACAGUCUGACCUCAAAGAGGGGCACUUUCAUCUCAAGGUUGCUAUGACGAUAGGAUGGGAUGAGUUUAAAGAGGGAGAAAAAGCUGAUCUGUGGUUUGAUCUCUCCGAUGAGAAUUUGUGCAACUGGCUGAUGUUCGUACGAAGAGCACAAAAUCACCUGGAACAGAACCUGGUAGCAUACCAGUAUGGCAAGGAGCUGUACUUCACCACCAUCAAACACAUCGAACCCAAACAAGAGCUCAAGGUGUGGUACGCAGCGUCGUACGCAGACUUUGUGGAGCAGAAGAUCCACGAUAUCUCAGAGGAGGAACGGAGAGUACUGAGGGACCAGGAGAGGAACUGGCCCUGCUUCGAAUGUAAUCGGCGGUUCACCAGCUCCGAGCAACUGCAGCAACACCUGAACAUGCACGACGAAAAGAUAGACUUCUUCAGCAGGGCGAGGAGCAGGGGGCGAGGCCGGGGCCGGAGACGAUUCGGGGCUGGCAGACGACCGGGUCGGCCACCGAAGUUCAUUCAACAGGAAUCGGCCGCUGAUCACAGUGAGAUCCUGCAGUUCCCUCUGAAGCACCAUUUUGAGGACGUGGCUGAGCCGAUGGCCAAUGGAAUGAACCAGCAGAACUCCGUGGGCACAGCCGAGCAGCCGGAGAACGACUCGAACCUCGCCAACAACAUGGCCGCAGGCGACCCGACCGACGAUUUGAGGCGCAACAAACGGAUCAGGUUGGAUUUCCAGAACGCCGCACUUCACCACCUCUUCAUCCGCAAAUCCUUUCGGCCGUUCAAAUGCCUCCAUUGCGGGAAAGCGUUCCGGGAGCAGGAGAAGCUGGAUCAGCACCUGCAUUUCCACGGUCGGGAGGGCAACUACCCCAUGGCCUGUGACAUCUGUGACAAAGGCUUCAUUAACAGCCAGGCCCUCAAAUCACACAUGAAAUUCCACUCUGAUCAGAAAACCUACUCCUGUAUUUUCUGCACAGAAUCCUUCGAUCGCCUGGACCUGCUGAAAGAACACGUUGCAAUACACGUGACUAACGGCUGUUUCACCUGCCCCUCCUGUAAAAAACAGUUCUCAGACUUUAUCCAGAUCAAGAAACAUGUCCGCAGCUUUCAUUCUGAAAAGAUCUACCAGUGCAUGGAAUGUGACAAGGCUUUCUGUCGGCCAGACAAGCUACGGCUACACAUGCUCAGGCACUCGGAUCGGAAAGAUUUCCUUUGCUCCACUUGUGGCAAGCAGUUCAAAAGGAAGGACAAGCUGAAAGAGCACAUGCAGCGGAUGCACAACCCCGAGCGGGAAGCCAAGAAUGCUGGACGCAUCCACAAAUCCAAGCCCUUCAAACCCAAGAUCCCCUCCACAGACUACGAGAGCUUUAUGUUCAAGUGCCGCGCCUGUAUGAUGGGGUUCCGGCGCCGUGGGAUGUUGGUCAAUCACUUGGCAAAACGACACCCAGAUAUCAGAAUAGAUGAUGUGCCAGAACUAACGCUGCCAAUCAUCAAACCCAAUCGUGAUUACUACUGCCAGUACUGUGACAAGGUUUACAAGAGUGCGAGCAAACGUAAAGCCCACAUCCUGAAGAACCACCCGGGUUCUGAGCUCCCUCCCAGUAUCCGCAAGCUACGUCCUGCGGGGCCUGGCGAGCCCGACCCCAUGCUGAGCACUCACACCCAGCUAAAGGGCACCAUUGCCACACUGCCCGUCUGCUGCCCACACUGCUGUAAACAGUACAGCAGCAAGGCCAAAAUGGUGCAACACAUCCGCAAAAAACACACGGACAUCCUGCGGGCGAAUCCAAACUCCCUGUCGGCGCUGCCCGCACAGACCCCCAUCGCAGCCACAGUCAUCAGCACGGCGCCCACGCUCAUCAAUGCAGACGGUUCAACAGGAGACACUGUGGUGACAACCGAUCUACUGACCCAGGCCAUGAGCGAGCUAUCCCAGACACUGACUACUGACUAUCGCACCUCACAGGGAGAUUAUCAGCGCGUCCAGUACAUUCCUGUUUCCCAGCACAUUCAGCAGGUUCAGGGCCAGCAACCCCAGCACAUCCAGCUGCAGGUCGUACAAGUGGCUCAGGCCUCCUCCCCGCAACAGACUCCCCAGUCCACAGUGGACGUCAGCCAGCUCCACGACACUCACACCUUCACACAGCACGCCAUUCAGGUCCAGCACGUCCAGGUGACGGAACAGUCUGCUGUGCCCUCAGCUGUUUCACAGAGUGGUGGAGGUCAGUCGCUGAGCCCCUCGUCUGAACAGGAUCUCAGCCCUUCCCAUAUACAGAGUGGCACGAACACACCCAACCAGGUUUUACAUCAGUCACAGUCACAGGGGGCUACAGUACAGCACACCUACCUGCCCAGCACCUGGGGAACCUUCCGCAAUUACUCUUCUGAGAUUCAGAUGAUGGCCAUCCCUCAGACACAGUACGUCAUUGCAGAGACCCCAGUUACCACAGUCAACAGCGGGCAGGUGAAAGCAGUGACUCAAACUCACUACGUGAUAUCAGAAGGGCAGCCGGAGGUGGAACUGAAGCAGAACCCUGCUGUACGGCUCGGUGCAUCUCAGGCACAGACAGACACUUCACUGCAACAGCAGCAGCCUCACCCCACACAGUUCAUUAUUACCACUACGGCCAAUGGGAACCCAGCCAGUGACGUGCCAAUCACAAAGCCCUAGAGGUGACUUCAGGGAGCUCUGUCCCCUCCUCAGUGUCACCAGCUCCACCAGGAGUGGAGGCUGAACUUGCGGCAUGCAUUUUUUGUAAACAAGAAGAACGAGCGAGCGAGAGAGAAAGAAUGACUGUUGUGUUUACAGCUCAUCCCUCCCUCCCAAUUACCUCACCCUCCCCUUGUCACCUUCACCCUCUCGGGGUCGAGUCUUAAAAGGAAAGGAGGAGGAGAACAAGAGCCUAGAGAGGACAGACCGGGAGAUCGGGCCGAGGGAGGCACUGAUGAGGAGUUGGCGUCGUCGAGACCCGGAGAAUGAUUAUGUCGUUUCUGAGGAAUCGGACCCAGUUUUUAAAGAAAUCAUUCAGAAGAAAUGGAUU